UAAUGUCAAGGACGCCUACAGCGGAAGGUCGUUUGGAUGCAGAAUAAGCAAUAAUAUCUUUUCUUCCAAUGAAAUUAACCAUUUGAUUAGUGAUAGAAUCCAAACAUGGCAAGUCCACAACGGGAACCACCGCGGCGCUUGGAUAGCAGAAAGUACAGCGUAAUGGCUACUCCAGGUCGAGAGGGUCAGCAAAUUCAGGCCGGCGUCUAUGCCGGUCGGGCAAUCGGGGUGUUCACCAGCGGUGGAGAUUCGCAAGGGAUGAAUUCAGCUGUAAGAGCCGUUGUCAGAAUGGGUUCAUACCUGGGCUGUAAAACUUACUACAUUAAAGAGGGUUACCAGGGCAUGGUGGAUGGAGGGGACAAUAUUGUGGAAGCAACCUGGGCAAGCUCUUCUGGUAUAAUGCAGCUGGGAGGUACUGUUAUUGGAAGUGCCAGAUGUAAAGAUUUUCGGGAAGUUGAGGGUCGACUGCGGGCGGCGGAGAAUCUCAUCAGUAGGAAGAUAAUAAAUCUUGUGGUUAUCGGAGGGGACGGAAGCCUGACAGGAGCUAAUAUAUUUAGACAAGAAUGGCCCAGUCUGCUAGACAAACUUUUUGAUGCAGGGCGGAUAACAAAGGAGCAAUUUGAUGAGUGUAGCCACUUGAACAUUGUCGGGAUGGUUGGUUCUAUUGACAAUGAUUUCUGUGGUACAGAUAUGACUAUCGGUACUGACACAGCUCUACACAGAAUCAUGGAGUCAGUGGAUACUAUCUCUACUACUGCAUCUAGUCACCAAAGAGCUUUUGUGUUGGAAGUGAUGGGAAGACAUUGUGGAUACCUGGCUUUGGUUGGUGCUUUGGCAACAGAAGCAGAUUGGGUGUUUAUCCCUGAGUGGCCCCCAGAGGAUGGUUGGGAGGAUCACCUGUGUAAAAAGCUGUCUGCUGAAAGAGCUACUGGACAAAGACUGAAUGUUAUUUUAGUAGCUGAGGGCUCCAUUGACAGACACGGGACACCUAUCACAGCCAAUCAAGUGAAAGAUCUGCUGACAGAUAGACUGAAGUAUGAUACAAGAGUUACUGUUCUUGGUCAUGUACAAAGAGGAGGCAGCCCAACAGCUUUUGACAGAAUAUUGGGUGCUCGUAUGGGUGCUGAAGCAGUAUUAGCGUUGAUGGAUGCCACGCCAGAUACGCCAGCAUGUGUGAUAUCUCUAGACGGAAAUGAAGCUGUCAGAGUUCCUUUGAUGCAGUGUGUGGAAAGGACAAAAAAUGUACAGAAUGCUAUGAAUGAAAGAAAUUUUGAGGAGGCCGUCAAACUAAGGGGAAAGAGUUUCCAAAACAAUUUAGCUACAUACAGACUUCUAAGUAAAUUGCAGCCUCCAAAGAAAACAGCAGAUGAAAGUUCUGUUGGCAAACGUUUUGCUAUUAUGAACAUUGGGGCACCUGCCUGUGGUAUGAAUGCAGUCGUGCGUUCAUUUGUGCGUCUUUCACUUGCCCAAGGAUACACUGUACUAGGUAUUCAUGACAGCUUUGACGGACUACUUUAUGGAAGAAACUUGGCAAAAGACAACAGUAAGAGGAGAAAAAGUACACUAGAAAUAUUUAAGGAGGUAAAGCCUAUGAGCUGGACAGAAGUGCAAGGAUGGUCAGGUCGCGGUGGCUCUCUUCUCGGAACAAGAAAAGUAUUAGCCAGUAAAUAUGGUAUUGAAAAGAUCGCCAAGAAGAUGAAGGAGUACGAGAUAAGUGGUCUUGUUAUCGUUGGAGGCUUUGAGGCAUAUCACAGUGCGUUGCAGCUGACAGAAGCAAGAAAAGAUUAUGAUUCAUUCUGUAUACCUAUAAUAGUUAUACCAUGUACUAUUAGUAACAACGUUCCUGGUUCUGACUUCAGUCUUGGUGCUGACACAGCAUUAAAUGAAAUUACAGAUAUAUGUGAUAGAAUCAAACAAAGUGCCACAGGUACAAAGCGUAGAAUAUUUGUUGUGGAGACAAUGGGAGGAUACUGUGGUUACCUAGCAACAAUGAGUGGACUUGCCGGUGGAGCAGAUGCUGCUUAUAUCUUUGAAGACAAGUUCUCAAUCACUGAUUUAAGAGAUGAUGUCUUUCAUUUAAAGAACAAAAUACUCAAUGCAGGUGUACAGCGAGGUUUGGUAUUAAGAAAUGAAUAUGCUAACCCUCACUACACAACUGACUUUAUAGAGCAAUUGUUCAGUGAAGAAGGAAAAGGGGUGUUUACUUGCCGCAAGAAUGUAUUAGGUCACAUGCAGCAGGGUGGGGUACCAAGCGUGUUUGACAGAAACUAUGGUACCAAGCUGGCAGCUAAGGCCGUUGCAUGGAUGGCACAGCAAGUGAAAGAAUACACACAAGAAGAUGGUAAGAUAUUUACAAACCAUCCAUCAACUUCAACAUUACUGGGUAUGCGGAGACGUCACAUGGAGUUCACACCACUUCAAGAACUGGCUGAGGGAACAGACUUUGAACACCGUCUGCCAGAGGACCAGUGGUGGUUGAAGCUCCGCCCACUUCUGAGAAUUCUUGCCAAGCAUACAGAGAUGGACUAUAUUGCCGAGACUUUACCCGAGGGAGUAGUAGAUCUGGAGGAGUUAGAAUUCUGAGUACUGAGUGCGGCCUGGUUGAUUUGAAAAGAUAGAUAAAUCUUAUUGGUUGAUUUGAAAAAAGAUAUUAAUCUGACUGGACGAUGAGCACUAUUCAUGAUGUAAACGAUUAUACAAAGUGUUUCCCUGUCCAUUUGACCUUCACAACUCGAAGUCAUAUUAAUGUGCGUUUUGUCAGUUAAAACAUCAUAAUAAUUAGAAAGGAAAAAUAUUUCUAUUGUGAAAUGGCAUUUAGACAUAUCUUUAUAGAACGUCACAAGCAGUUUUGUUUUCUUGGAUGUAUGUUAAGCUGUGUCAUGUAUUUUUCCAUAUUUAUUUAUUUGUCAGCUGAAGGACAUUUGUGCUUAUUUUGCUUUAUCAUUGUGAUAAUGGACAGCUUGCAACUGCAGAUAGGAACAAAAACAUGGACUAUAAUCUGUAGAUGUAAAACCGUUAGUGGAGAGUUUUUAUAGUAUUGCAAAUAACAUCUAAAGGUCUUUCAUGUGUAUAAAUUAAGGUAAAAGCGAUGGCUUUUAUGUAGGAGUUUACACGUUGUUCUUGUUAGAUAGCAGUUAUCAACUAGAAAUAGAGAAGCUUGUGAACACCAGAUUUUUAUUCAUUCAGUGUAGCUUGCUUGAGUAUCCAUGGCUGGAGCACCCAGGCAGUUCAUGUGGUGCAGGUCGUCUCCCUUAUAUUUUUUAUUUUUGUAUCGCUUGGAACCCUAGACAUCUCAGUCCCCUAGCUACCUUGAGCAGUCCGUGUUUUCCUGUUUGUUUUUUCUUCCAGAAUAAUAUCUUAUGAAAUUCUGCACCUGCAUGGUGUUCACUCUAUGAAAGAUAUUUCAAUGUUACAUUGAAACAAAUAUUCUAUCCUAGAUCUGUAUUGUAAGUACCUCUAGGUUUUUUUGUUAAUAGACAAAACCAUUCAUUGUUUAAUGUACUUCAUCAAUAUGUUUUGUAGAAUGCUUUUAUUUUAUGUUGAGACAGUUAUAUUUUAUUGCUACAUGAUUGUAAUGGAGCACCAAUACCGGUACUUGAUAUACAGUAAGAUAUUAUAUAACUCCUUGUUUUUCAGUAUUUUACACUAAAAUCAGUAUAUAAAACUGUUGAGACAUAUACCUUAAAUAUAGACAGUAAAAGAACAAAAGGAAAUGCAUGUAUUGUAUCUUGUUAUAGUCUUGUUGUAUAUUUUGGUACUGUAUGUUUUGUUAUGUAAUAAUGUGAUUUCUAGUUUUACAGAUUAUUUUCCUGUCAUGUUUAGCUUGUUUUACAUUGCUGGUCUACCAUACUUGUCUUAAACAGUGCUUAGGGAAGCACUUCCUAUUAGAUCCAUUUUUUCCCUAACAGGGCUUUUAAUGAAAAGCAACUUUAUUUUACAAGGUCAUGCUAUGAUUUGAGCCGCACCAUGAGAAAACCAACAUAGUGCAUUUGCAACCAGCAUGGAUCCAGACCAGCCUGCGCAGUCGUGUCGGGAUCCAUGUCGUUCGCUUGCAAGGCCUGUUGCAAUUAGAGAAACCGUUAGCAAACAGCAUGGAUCCUGACCUGACUGCGCGGAUGUGCAGGCUGGUCUGGAUCCAGCAAAUGCCCUAUGUUGGUUUUCUCAUGGCAUAGCUCAUUUAUAGAUCAUUCUAAUGGUCUCCAGGGAUGGUAUAGGAUAUAAAUGUUGGUGUUCUGGGCAGAAAUGUAUUUUACCAAUUGUACAUACGGAACAUAAUCCCAUUUUUCAUUUUUUUUAUAUGGAAAUAUUGCUUUUGUACUAACUAAGAUGUCAAGAAAGUUUUAUAACAAGCCAUUCUACAAAUAAAAUCAAAAUUUACUUUCUUUUAUUUUUGUCAAAAAAUGGCUGAAAAAUUACACUGGAUAUAAAUAAAAAACUAAAAAUUGUUUCACUAUGAUAAAUUAAAAACUUAUCAUGAUAAAUUGAAAAUUUAAAAAGUUCUUAUUAUCAGCCUUGGAGUUUGUUAGAAUGAUGUAUAAAAUCCAUGGUAACAUAUUAUAUUUAAAGAGGAAUUGAAGGGAGGGGGAUGUGGACAUUUUUGCACCAUUUUAAGUUAGAAAUUCAACAUGGUCACCUGAGUACUGUAGAAAUUUCUUGCAUCACAAGUGAAUACUAUUGUCUGUAAUGGAGGAUAUUGACAAGGUCAGAGAAUAUAUAUUGUACACAUCACAUAUAUACAACAAUGGCUUCUAAAAAAUGACUGAACAUUUAUAUGUGCACAUAUGAAACUAGUCAAGAUGAAGGUAACUGGUUGAAAUCUUGUAGGGGUCAGGACCUUACCUUUGAAGACACUAGAUUUUGAAUCGGGGUUAUAAAACCAAUUUGAAGACCAGUCUUAGAAUACAGUGCUUCCAAUGGUCAAUUUCAAAAUUGUGUACAGAAACAACCAGUCAGAUGCUGGAGUUUUGAGACUGGUCUCAACAAGUAUUCACUUUUAUCACAUUGGUCCCUGGUAAUUACCAGGAAGCACACUGGAAUGUGACACAAAUAGCUUCCUUCAGAGUCCAGUUAAUCAGUAUGUUAGGCAUAAUAAUGAUUGUUGGUGCAUUAGGGUUAUUGCCCCUCGUUUUUGUUUUACAUUAAAAAUGUAUUGCCUGAUUUUGUUGUGCCAUUAUUGUGUAUGUAAUACAGGUUAGCACCUUUUACUGUUCUGAGAGAUAAAUUACUGAGCAACUUUUGGUCUAGAGAUAGAACAGUCACUGUAUUUUAUUCUUGUUCUAUUUUCAGUGUAAAAAACCAAACAAACUGACAAGGGUACUUUAAUUUUUACAUACAGUUAAUUUUGGUUGCAUGAAUUAUGUUAGGAUUUCUGUAUUGCAAAACCUGAUUUUGUAGUUAUGUUGUUUUUAUCUGUUUUAUAUUUAAGUACAUUACAGCACAGUAAUUUGGAUGUGUUGCUUCCUAGGUGUGUUUUGUUAGUAUUUUUUUUCAAGAAUCGACCCGGAAGCAACAUGAAGUGUUGCAUUCAUUUUCAUUAUCUUUAUUGUUUGACAUUAACAACACAUGAGCCAUAUCGUACUGAGACCGUGUCCGUAUCUUGCUUACACUGGGUAUUUUAUUGUAUUUUAUUAUUUUCAUUUAGUUUUCCAUUUUUUGUUUUUUAGGUAUUAUUGAAAUAAAACCUUGCAAAAUCAUA